AAGAUUGCCCCUUACAACCUCCCGCGGCACAUUCCCGUCGUGUAUUGGGCUUCCCAUGAUAAUUCUAGAAAUGAUUAUGUUAUCAUUGGGAGAUGUUCUCGAUAGACGGCGGGGAUGUGCUUGGAGACGUUGUGGGGGCAAUUUUCUGGGGCUGAUUUGAACUCGGAUGUGGGGCGCGAUGCGAUUUUAUUUACAGUUACAUCGUCUGUUGUUGGCCGUUAAACUUGAUGAGAGAAGAAAGGGGGAAUGGCCGCCGGCGGCAGGGGUGCAUCACUGCGCGGUACCCCAUCUGCGCCGCCUGUAACGUUGUCAGUCUUUGCACGUCUUUGAGUUUUAUCUUAACACGCGGGCGAUGAUUAAAGCGAAAGAUAUGAUGUCAGCUGCAGAGAGCAGUUCAAAAUUUGUUGGAAAAGUCAUGAAUUUGACUUUUUGGUUUAAUUCCGGACCACCAAUUAUAAUGGAGUUUGCGCUGAGAUCAGAGGCUUACCAAGAAUAAAAAAGCAACCAAUAGAUGAUCUCUUUCUUCUCCGGAUCUCAGAUACUCCCGUCUCAUUUCAAGCAUACUCUUCAAAUGGCUCGGUCGGCACUAGAUGAGAUGUCCAUUUCUGGUGCUUUUGUCCGAACUCCAUCAACAUUCCGCAAUUUCAUUUCAAGAGAUCCAGCAUCUCCUUUUCCUGCAGAAUCCGGAAGAUAUCAUCUCUACAUUUCAUAUGCUUGUCCUUGGGCAUCCAGAUGCCUUUCAUUCUUGAAGCUUAAGGGCCUUGAAAAAGCAAUUAGUUUCACGGCAGUCAAACCCAAAUGGCAAAGAACAAAAGAGACUGAUGAGCAUAUGGGCUGGGUCUUCCCCACUUCGAGCGAGGAGGAACCAGGUGCUGAACCCGACCCACUCAAUGGAGCAAGAAGUAUCAGAGAACUCUAUGAAAUUGCUAGUGCAAACUACAUUGGAAAAUAUACUGUGCCUGUUUUAUGGGAUAAGAAACUUAAGACGAUUGUUAACAAUGAGAGUUCGGAGAUAAUCCACAUGUUUAAUUCUGAAUUUAAUGAUAUAGCAGAGAAUGCAGCUUUGGAUCUUUAUCCUCCUCACUUGCAAUCCCAGAUUGAUGAGGUUAAUGAAUGGGUAUAUAAUGGGAUAAAUAAUGGUGUUUAUAAGUGUGGGUUUGCAAAGAAGCAAGAGCCAUAUGAAGAGGCUAUAAGAAAUUUAUACCAGGCUUUGGACAAAUGUGAGGAGACACUCAGUAAGCAGCGGUAUAUCUGUGGGAAUAUGCUGACUGAAGCUGAUAUUCGUCUGUUUGUCACUCUUAUAAGGUUUGAUGAGGUGUAUGUUGUCCAUUUCAAGUGCAACAAGAAGAUGCUACGUGAGUAUCCAAAUCUGUUCAACUACACCAAAGACAUUUUCCAAAUUCCUGGCAUGAGUAGCACAGUUAACAUGGAACACAUCAAGCGGCAUUAUUAUGGAAGCCAUCCAACCAUCAAUCCGCUUGGGGUAAUUCCUGUUGGUCCUAACAUAGAUUAUUCUUCUCCUCAUGAUAGAGAGAGAUUCUCUACUUAGAAAGCUCAUUUUAUUCCCAAGUUGUAUGUGAUGUCCUGUUAAAAGGUGCCAAAAUAAACAGCUCCAAAUGUCAAAGCUUAAGUUGUCUUUUAGCUAUCUAUUUAUUGGGCAGUCAUCUUUUCUACUAUUGCAGAAAGAUUGGUCAUGGAAUAUCGACAGAUCCUACAUGUUUUUGUUUAGUUCAUAAAAUUUGAAACUCAAAGGUGCCAUGUGAUUACUUUCAAGGA